AAAGAUGUAAGCCCAAUUGUCAUAUUUGUGACAUAGUAAAUUGAGUGAAAUAUAAUAUUCAUGAGGCUCCCUGCUCUUCUAGUAUAGUGUAACGGAUAUCAACUCAGCAUAGCUCACACAGUGUAUGGAUGUAUCUUACUCAGAAGCUUGCUAUUGAGAUAAACACGACGUAGUUUAGCACUGUACAUUUUACUAUAUCAUACCUUCAUCAUGGUGAUCGCUAAAAAAUACGUUCUUGUGAAACAUUUUAAAGGUAAACCUAAAUCAUCAGAUAUAAAACUGAUUGAAGAAGAAUUGCCGCCAAUUAAAAAUGGAGAAUAUUUGGUGGAAGCUGAAUAUCUAUCUGUUGAUCCUUAUGUAAGAGUGUACAUGGGGGAAUAUCCACUCAAUUCCACAAUAAUAGGAUUUCAAAUAGCAAAAAUAAUAGAAUCUAAAAAUCCAAAAUUUCCUGUUGGAAAAAGAAUUCAUGAUCAUUUAGGUUGGCGAACACAUACUAUUAUCAAUCCCGAUGCUCCUAUUGAUAGGUCUUUAGGAAAUAUACCGUCUUAUAUUGUACCUGAUUUUGGUGAUCUUCCAGUAUCUCUUGGUCUUGGAGUUCUUGGAAUGCCUGGAAAUACUGCUUACUUUGGAGUUACAAAAAUUCUGAAUCCUGAAGCUGGAAAGACUCUAGUUGUUUCUGGAGCUGCAGGUGCUGUGGGAUCACAUGUAGGUCAAAUCGGUAAAGCUUUAGAUUUGAAAGUCAUUGGAAUUGCUGGAAGUGAUGCUAAAUGUCAAUGGAUUAAAGAAGAGCUUGGAUUUAAUCAUGCAAUCAAUUAUAAAACUCAAAAUAUUAAGGAAAAACUUGAAAAAGCAGCUCCUGAUGGAAUCGAUUAUUAUUUUGAUAAUGUUGGUGGUGAAAUAUCCAGUACUGUUAUGUAUCAAAUGAAUCCAUUAGGACGCGUAGCAGUGUGUGGUUCAAUUUCAGCUUAUAAUAACGACUUUAAUGAUUUACCCAAGUCUCCACUUCUGCAACCAGCUAUUGUACUAAAGGAAUUGAAGGUGGAAGGAUUGCUAGUAACGCGUUGGGCGAAUCAAUGGAUGGAAGGGAUUCAACAGAAUCUUGAAUGGAUUCGUAAAGGCAAGCUUAAGUACCGUGAAACUAUAACAAAAGGAUUUGAAAAUAUGUUCAAUGCAUUUGUUGAUAUGCUUGAAGGUGGAAACACAGGUAAAGCUAUUGUUAAAGUAUAAAAUGACUUUUAUUAUUAUACUCAACUAAAUUAAUUUAAUCAAUAUGAGUUGAGAGUUUAUUCAUCUAAGUUUAUUUUGUCCAAAA